AUGGACAAGGAGAAUGGUGAGGGUGGCGACGCGGCCGGCAAGCCGCCGCCCGACGGCUUGCUGGACGCCGCUGGUUUAUUCGGAGCAUACUGGGGCCGCGAAGGUUCCGGCGGCGCGGCGGCUGCCCAGGCGCAAGCCCAGGCGCAGGCGCAGGCGGCGCUCUUCGGCUUCGGCUCCCGCUACCCGCCACCCACGACCCUCGGCGUCGCUGCCAACCAAGCCGCCUCCCUCGGAAUCCAUCCAGCUGCUAGUGCGGCAUGGUGGUCAAUGGCCUCACAUCUAGCAGCGCAGGACUAUUUAGCUCGUUUGCAAGCCUCUGGUCUAAAUUUCCCACCGCUUGGAGACCCCUACUCAGCCCUAUCCGCUUUGUCUGGGGCUAGUGCCGGGAUGAAACAACCACCUAAACAUCCAAAACAACCUAUCCGUAAUGAUAGAUCAGGUAGAAGUAGCAGCGGAACGUCAUCAAGUGCAUCAAUGAAAGAUAAGAGUCCAUCUACUAGCGGCGCCAACUCCCAACCAACCAUGAGUGAGUGGGGAACUUCGUACGGAUUCCCGAAGACAUCAUCUCCGUCGACAAUGCACUCCCAAGCGUCGCUAUCUAGCCUGGCUUCUCUCAACAGCUUGGUGUCGGCACCGCAUCAGUCCAAACCCUCCAGCAAACCUCCACCUGCACCUACUCCACCCAGAAAGAGCUCAUCAAGUUCAUCUGGCAAGAGCAAAGACCGUGAUCUCGCUCUAUUACGUGGUGAUCUAAUGUUGGCUCAAGCGGCAGCUCAUGGCGCCUAUCAUGCUGCUGUUGCUGCUGCCACCAAAGGAAAGAAUAUGUCACCACUAGGAUACCCAUUUGGAAUGCCGGGCUCAGAGAAAGAUCGACAUUCGAGCAUUGAUUCUCUCACAGGUCUUCCGCACACCAUACUCAGUGAUCCAGCAUCGGUGCUAGGGGGCGUUCGUCUUCCACCUGACACGGAAAUUAUCAAAUACACUUCGUCUCUAGCGGGACCAAAGGUUCCCCCAGGGACAACUAACCGAGGUCGCAAGAAAACCAUAUCGCUUGAUCCGCCGCAAGUCUCUGUUCACCCUUCAGCAGGUGAUAGGUCCACGCCGUUGCCGAACAAGCUUCUUAAAGUCGAGGAUUACGGCGGUUCCCGGUCAUCUGUGGAGGUGAUCCGGUUGCCGGGCAAAGCGGACAGAGCAGGCGGCCCGCUGGCGGGCACGCCGCCGCCCAACCUGGCGGACUACGCCGGCAUCUCGCGCGAACUGCUGCAGACCAUCGCCAGCCAGAGCGGCGUCAGCUUGGCGGCGCUCGAACGUCAGCUGGCCGGCGCCCAGCCCGCCUCAGAUUCCGGUCUCAACCUGAGCACAAAAUCAGCCUCGUCGGAAGAUGCACCACUAGACCUGGGCGUCAAAUCGGCAGCUGACGAAGACGCUCCACUCAACCUGUCAUUGAAGCCUAUGCCGCCAAGCACGCAGGCUUCAGAUGCGUUGUCCCGUCUCACUUCUCUGAGCAGCUCUCUAAAUGCCUCCUCCAAUAACGACAGAAUAUCUCGCCGCAAACCAGGGGCGAAACCCCGUCGAGUAGCGCCUGAACUGAACUCUCAAGUAGCUGAAUCACCACGACCUAAAUCCAGCGGUAGCGAGGACAGUGAAUCUGUUGGCGGUUGGCCGUCGCGCGAGGGACGGCCUAGGAACUUGGGUCGUGGCGUGAGCAAACCCAAGAAGAACACGGUGGCGUCGCUUCUAGCACAGAGUCGUGCGCUCGGACUACGCCCUGCGCUUGCGCACCAACUGCUCGCCGAGACCGACCUGGAGAAGCUGCGGUCGCUGCUGGGCGAGAGCGCGAGCACGGACUCGGAGUGUCCGUCGGACAGCGGGCCGUCCGACUCGGACGCCUCGGACCCGGGCCGCCGCCACGACGCGCAGCUGCGCCUGCCGCUCGCGCUCGGUUGGAAACGUGUGACGCUAAUCAAAGGACUGUCACGUAACUGCAACAUAAAAGGUGACGUGAGCUACACGCCUCCCGAGCCCCACUCCGGACUUACUAUAAAGUCUACACAUGAACUUGCGACGUUCCUGGAGUCGAAUCCGUGUCCGCCACUAACGACAGACAACUUCAGCUUCAGUGCACGCACGUUAUUAGGCGAGUACGUACAGCCGGCUCCUGAUCUGGGAGAACCACUUAUAUUCAACGAAGCUGAAAUCACGAAAAGGUUGGAAGAGGCGCGUGCGCUGGCAGCUCUGAGCACGCCCCGGCCUACGCCGCCGCCGGUGGAGCGGCGCAUCGAGCUGGCGCGCCGCCAGCAGGCCGCCCGCGACGCGCGCCGCGACGCCGCGCCGCGCCGCGACCAGGCUCGUCUCGUACGAGAGUUAGAAAGAUCCGAAAGGGCUGAACUAGCGAAAAGGGAAAAAGAAGUGCGAAGUCAGCAGCUGUUAGAGGCUAAGAAACGGAAACAGGAGGAGUUAGAGAAGCAGAAAAUAGAGGAUCAGGCAAAAAGGCAGCAGGAAAGAGAGCUUAAGCGACAGCAAGCUAUUCUCUUGAAAGAACAGCAAAAGUACAUAACUGAGGAGCGUGAGCGACGGCGGCAGCACACGACGUUCGUGCGGCAGCUGGACGCGCGGCGGCGCUGGGCCGAGCGCGAGCGCCGCAAGCACCAGAACCUGCUCGACCGCCUGCUCGCCAAGGAGCGCAAACUGCAGCAGCGCCGCCGCGAGAUGGAGCUGCUCGCCGAGCUCAGGAGGCCUCAAGAAGACUCAUCGCUAUCGGAUCACAAACCCCUACCCACGCUAAAUAGGAUUCCUGGACUUAAGCUGCCCGGCCAAGCCAUGGCAGACUUACUACAAGUUUACGAGUUCAUUAACAACUUUGGACAAACUCUUGGCUUCGACGUGGAGUCGCUGCCGAGCCUGCAGACGCUGCAGAGUGCGCUGCUGGCGGAGUGCAGCGCCGACGCCGAGGACGAGCUGCUGCAGGUGCUCACGCAGCUGCUCGUCUGCGCCAUCGAGGACCCGGGUAUCCCCCACCCAGGCCGCCAUACGACACUGUUGGGGCAAGCUAUCCGCAUGGGCGACAUCACGCCCGCCAACCUCAGCGAGGUUCUGCGCAUUUACCUUUACGCCAACGCCACCGGGGAAAUCAAGGCGCUUACUGGUCUCACAGCGGAGCGAGAACGAGAGCGCAGAGUUGCAGACCACCACCAGAGCGACGCAGAGAUGCAACACACUUGCUCCAACACCAAAAAUGCCGCCUACUAUGAGCAUUUGCAUAAUAACUCUACAUACAAACUAUCUGAAACGCUUCGUGAUAAGCCAUUCCUCGCUCUAAAUCCGACCACAAAAGCGCGCAUGUUGGCUUACUUGUGCGACGAGCUGCUGCAGAGCAAGGCCGUGCUGCGUCAGAUAGACGCCUCGCUCGAACACCUUAACCAACUGCGCAAAGAGCGAUACCUCAUGGACAUGAAGAUUCGCAAAGUGCGAGUUCUGCAUCAGCGCAAGGUACGCGCCGAACAGGCGGAAAAGCAACAAGCGCUGGCACUGGAGCGCAUGCAGCGCCUCGUCGAGGAAAGCACCGCCAUCAACACCGUGUUGCCACAUCUACCCGAAGAAGAUCAUUCUAUUAGCGACAAGAGUGAAACGCCGAAGAAACUUGAUAAAGUCGAGUCGCCGCAUUUGGAACACGAAACAAAUAAACAAUCUGAAUUACCGUCCCCAUACAAAGAUAACGCACCUAUUGAAGAAAGUGAUAAAGAGCUAUCGCCAUUAAAAGAUCUCUCUAACAGUAUAAAGACUAAGGAGAUAUUAAACAACAAUAAAGACGAUUGUUCACCGCCAGAUAAUUCGAAGAUUGAUAAGGAUAGCGUGAUCGGUGAUUGUGAUGCAAUGCUGAGUGACUUGGAAAGUGAAGGAACCCAACCAGAGGAGGACGAAGACAAAAAUCUCUCAUCAGAAGAACUCGCUCGUAAACUGGAGAAAUUAUUGAGGCAAUCAGAACAACAGCUGCAGCAGCUUUCAGCCGGCUCGCACGCACUCAGAGCGACAUGUUAUGGACAGGACAGGUAUUGGCGACGAUACUGGUCACUAGGCAAGAGCGGGGGAGUAUACGUGGAAGCUAUGGAAUCAGCCCAACCUGAGAUUUUAGCCUACCAAGAAGCAUUAGAAGCGGCUGCAUUGAAAGGGCAGCCUCUAAGUGAUACUGCAAAGAGAAAGAAAAAAGGCUCAAAGGAAAAGAAAGAAAUACCCAAUGAGAAGCAAGAAGGAGAAAGUGAAGCGCAGCGACAAGAGGAAGCGCUACAAAGCGAACUGGAACUUCGUAAUAUUAAAUCUGAAUUGAAUCUAAGUGACCAUACGCAGAUCAUUAAGUACGAGCCUAAUGUGAAACAUGGCACUUGUAAAGUUGAAGGUUCUUCAAUAAAAAUGGAAGAGAAGUAUAUCCAGCAAAAACAGAACAAAGAAGAAGAAGAUAUGUUAGAUAUUGAAGACUCCAUUCCCACCGCUUUCCUAGUCCAAAAACCAACUCACAAACCGAUGUUUGCAACUCAAGCCGAACCUAUGGAUAAGCCUCAAGAGAUUGUUAAAGUAGAAAACGUCGUUAAAACAGAAUCGACAGAAAAAGAAGAAGUUGAAGAAAGUAAAGACGAACUAGUCAACAAUCUAGAAGAAUUGAGGAAAAUGGCGGAAGCUGUUUCAUCUCAAUUAGAUGCAGCGAAAAAAGCAGAAGAAAAAUUGAAGGAAGAGGCUGAGGUCAAAACGAAAAAGGAGCUCCUGGAUGCCGAAAGUGCACACGCGCAACUUUACAUGAAAAUGCUUGAAGGAAAAUGGUUCUCAAUAUUAAGGCAUGAGAGUUCAUAUUUGACAAAUAUUAAUGACGAAAAAUUACAUGAGCAAAAGAUACCAGAUUUCUGUGACAAUGAGCACACAUGCUCUGAGGUUGUUAUGUGCCAAGGUCAUAAAUGGGAUGUGUCUAACAAUUUGCAUUUACUUAAUGACCCUAGUCUGUUUACGCUAAACAGUAUGGUCACCAGUGUUCAAGUACCAACUAAUAACAUUUACACAGACUCCAGUUUGACAAUGUCUGGUCUAGAUCAAGAAAUGAUGGAUGCAAGUAUCAAUAGAGAUGAUAAUGAAAAAGAAGAGGAGAUGGAAGAAGACAACAAAGAACAAGAUAACGACCUUGAAAAAGAACUUCAAGCGGAUUCUGCAAAGAUAGAAGCUGCAGCUUUAAAAGCGAAAGCUUCGGGCUUAACAAGCCUGGGCCUUUUGAAUUUUAACGCCCUGUCUACGUACGUGACGUGCGACAGUCCUCCGCCCAUACACAUGUCACCUGAGGAGAUGGAGCAGUUGGAACAUUGCAAAGUCCAUGGACUGCCCAAGAAAUUGGAAGGUGGAUUCGUGCCUAGAGAACUUAGGCACGGGUGGUGGCGCGUGGCGGCGGGCGAGCUGGGCGGCGUGCUGCGCGCGCUGCACCCGCGCGGCGUGCGCGAGCGCGAGCUGCACGCCGCGCUCACGCACCACCCGCCCACCUUCACCGACAGCGCACAUAUUGAGAAAACCGACGCAAUGAAUAUGGAGGCCACUCCAUCAACUGGCGAAAAACCAGAUCAAGACUUUCCUCCACCUGAUUCGCCGAACUCCUUCUGUGCUACUACAGCACGUCGCGUUGAUAUGCAGCUAUUAGCUAUGGUUGAAGCGCUAGAAGAGAGAGUAGCAGCAGCGUCAAUGCAAGUGAAAGGAUGGCGACCAUCACGUCUGCCUCUCCCUGAAGAAGCUACUGGAGCUGAAAUAGUAGCCCGAGCACGGCACAAGUUGGCUUCAGUCGAGGCACACAUUGAGAGGAGAUACCUCAAACCGCCUUUGGUACAAAGCACCACAGAGGCCGCUUUAGGAGCGGUGUUGCAAGGAGAACAUGGCAAUGCUUCGGCUACAUCACCACAAAAUUCCGAAGCGAAUGAAGGGAAAGACAACAAGGGUAUAGCCCGAGGGUUGGCGACAUGGCGCGAGGCUGUUGCUCGCUGCAAUACGUCAGCACAGCUCGCCAUGUUACUGCAGGCCUUGGAGGCAGCUAUUGCCUGGGACAAGAGCAUCAUGAAAGCCAAUUGCCAGUUUUGCUUGUCUGGAGACAACGAAGACCAGUUAUUGCUUUGCGAUGGUUGUGACAAGGGUUAUCAUACCUAUUGUUUCAAGCCUCGCAUGGAGAAGAUUCCUGAAGGCGAUUGGUACUGCUGGGAGUGCGUGAACAAGGCGCGCGGCGAGCGCGUGUGCAUCGUGUGCGGCGGCGCGGCGGCCGGCCGCACCAUCCCGUGCGCGCUGUGCGUGCGCGCCUACCACCAGGACUGCCACUACCCGCCGCUCACCAAGAACCCGCGUGGCAAAUGGUACUGCUCGCAGUGUAUUUCACGUGCACCUCCAAAGAAACCGCGAAAUACAAAGAAGCGAGAAAGCAAACAUAAGGACAACAGCAUCGACCUUGACCAGAGUAUGGUUCCAAGCCCGGCGGCAUCGCAGGCGUCGACGUCGACGACGGCGGAGGAGUGCGCGGCGAGCGCGCUGCACACGCCCGAGAAGCACGACGAGCGCGACGAGCCGCUCGCCGAGCCGGAGAACGGCCUCAACCACCACCCUGUCGGUGAAUUAACGGAAGACGGCCCGCCGCCUGAGAAACGACGCGCGUUGCAAUUUGGCGGAAACGGAGCUUUGCAACACGAUGAAUCGGAUCACAUGGACGUAGAGGACGUCAAUUCAGAGAAUCUGCCUUUGGUGCCGCGAGCGAAAAAGGAGAAAACCAGUGCCAAAAAACAACUCAAAGAAUUACAAUUUUGCAAAAAUUUGCUGUGCGAGAUGGAGUGUCAUGAGCACGCGUGGCCGUUCUUAGUGCCGGUGAACACGAAGCAGUUUCCGCAGUAUCGCAAAGUAAUCAAGUGUCCCAUGGACUUGUCCACUAUUAAACGCAAGCUUCACGAUGGAUGUUACAAAUGCAAGGAGGAGUUCGCGUCGGACGUGCGACUGAUCUUCAGCAACUGCGAGGUGUUCAACGAGGACGACAGCCCGGUGGGGCGCGCGGGCCACAGCAUGCGCCAGUUCUUCGACGCGCGCUGGCCGCACGCGUGA